AUGGCAGAAACAUCAUCAUCGGGAGCAGCGGCAGUGGGAAUGGGAGUGGGAAUAGGAUCGACGACUCUCUCUGAACGACUGGCACCGGCGCUACCACCACCACCACCGCCACAUCCACGGCCAGUACGAGCAUGUAUCUUCGACCUAGAUGGUCUAUUGAUCAACUCGGAGACACUACUAACUGAAGCCCGCAACGCGACGCUGACGGAAGAUUACUCGCGUCCACCGAUGGAUGCGACGGUCAAGGCAAAGUUACAAGGUCGCUCGGCACAGGACUCUACGCGCAUCUUGUACGAGUCUGCACGACUGGUUCUUCCUGCAGAUGGGGAAGAAGAAGAAGUGUCAACGUCAUCAUCGUCGACGACGACAACGGCGGUGGUGACGAUCGAGGAGUUCCAAGCGAAACUGGAUAAUCGGCUACGGAAGCUGUUCAGCAGGACGGAGUUGAUGCCAGGCGUGCAGAAGUUGUUGGGAAAUCUGGCACGAGCGACGACAGCGACGACAGGAGGUGGUAGUGGUGACAAUAAGCGAAUCGAGUUGGCACUGGCUACCAGUUCGCAGGUCGCAAUGUACAACCUCAAAACGGCACAUUUGUCUGGUCCAGACGGUGUGUUGAGUCUCAUCCCUCUUCAACAUAAGGUGUUGGGUGAUGAUGAAGGGUUGAAAAAGGGGAGGGGCAAGCCGUGUCCUGAUAUCUUCCUCCUUGCUUUGGAGAGGGUGAAUCAGGCUCUGAGACAGAGCCGGCGAGAAUCAAAGGAGAAUGACAACGAGGACGGGAUUAAGCCAGAGGAGUGUCUCGUUUUUGAGGACGCCGUUGCCGGUGUGCAGGCGGCCAGGAGCGCGGGAAUGAGGGUCGUUUGGGUCCCGGAGAAGUGGUUGAGGGACAUGUAUGCCGGUAGAGAAGAGGAGGUGCUUGCUGGACGUCCAACUGGAGAGAGUAUGCGUGCGGAUGGCCAGGGAGGAGAAGAUGUGAUGAGCAUGAGUGAAGCGGCGCGUGCGAAGGAAUGGGGUGAGAUAUUGUCUACUUUGGAGGACUUCGACUAUUCGAAGUAUGGUAUUGUGCUUGGUGGUGAGCAGUGA